AAGUCGUACAAAAGAAGCAAACCUCCAACUUCCAAUUUCUCUCGCGGGAAAAUUUUCAAAACUCACACAUUUUAGAGGGAACACAUUUAAUCACCCACACAAUUUUACAACUAUAAAUUAAAAUAAAAUACACAACCCUAAUAUUCAAAUCUCACCACACUACUAUAUAUAUUCAUCACUUACACUACUCACUCUUGCGCCAAAACUGUUUGAAGAAAUACCUAACCUAAACCCAAUCCCCAACUAACGCCGUUAGUUAAGAUGUACGUCGUGAAGAGAGAUGGACGUCAAGAGACGGUUCAUUUUGACAAGAUAACGGCGCGUUUGAAGAAACUCAGUUACGGUUUAAGCACUGAACACUGUGACCCCGUUUUAGUCGCUCAGAAAGUUUGCGCCGGCGUUUACAAAGGCGUCACCACUAGUCAGCUUGAUGAAUUAGCCGCUGAAACCGCCGCCGGCAUGACUGCUAACCAUCCUGAUUAUGCUUCCUUGGCUGCUAGAAUUGCCGUUUCAAAUUUGCACAAGAAUACCAAGAAGUCGUUUUCGGAAACUGUUAAGAUUAUGUACAAUCAUUUCAACCAUAGAUCUGGGAAGAAGGCACCUUUGAUUGCUGAUGAUGUGUAUGAAAUUAUCAUGAAGAAUGCGGCUCAAUUGGACAGCGAGAUAAUUUAUGAUAGGGAUUUUGAUUAUGAUUACUUUGGAUUCAAAACCCUCGAGAGAUCUUAUCUGUUGAAAGUUGAAGGAAAAGUUGUAGAAAGGCCUCAGCAUAUGUUGAUGAGGGUUUCUGUUGGAAUUCAUAAGGAUGAUAUAGAAUCUGCUGUUAAAACUUAUCACUUAAUGUCUCAGAGGUGGUUCACUCAUGCUUCUCCAACUCUUUUCAAUGCUGGGACACCUAGGCCUCAGUUGAGUAGCUGCUUCUUGGUGUGCAUGAAAGAUGAUAGUAUUGAGGGGAUUUAUGAUACUUUGAAGGAGUGUGCUGUUAUUAGUAAAUCUGCAGGAGGAAUUGGUGUUUCUGUUCAUAACAUACGUGCACAUGGUAGUUACAUUCGAGGAACAAAUGGGACAUCUAAUGGUAUUGUUCCAAUGCUCCGUGUGUUUAAUGACACUGCCCGCUAUGUUGAUCAGGGUGGAGGCAAGAGGAAAGGUGCUUUUGCUGUGUACUUGGAGCCAUGGCAUGCAGAUAUAUUUGAAUUUUUAGAGUUGAAAAUAAAUCACGGAAAGGAAGAGCAUCGUGCUCGAGAUUUAUUUUAUGCCCUUUGGGUGCCUGAUCUCUUUAUGGAAAGAGUUAGGAGCAAUGGGGAAUGGUCUUUGUUUUGCCCUAAUGAAGCGCCUGGUUUGGCAGAUUGUUGGGGUGAAGAAUAUGAGAAGCUGUACACUCAGUAUGAGAGAGAUGGAAAAGCAAAGAAGGUUGUUCAGGCACAAAGUCUCUGGUUUGCUAUUUUGAAGUCUCAGAUCGAAACUGGAAAUCCUUACAUGCUUUUUAAGGAUGCUUGCAAUAGGAAAAGCAACCAGCAGAAUUUGGGCACAAUUAAGUCAUCAAACCUGUGCACUGAGAUAAUUCAGUAUACAAGUCCAACAGAGACUGCUGUGUGUAACCUGGCAUCAAUUGCACUACCGCGAUAUGUAAGAGAUAAGGGUUUGCCUGUGGAAUCUCAUCAAUCUAAGCUUGUUGGGAGCAGAGGCUCUAAGAAUCGGUAUUUUGACUUUGACAAACUUGGAGAGGUUACAGCUGUAGUGACGACAAACCUUAACAAAAUAAUUGAUGUCAAUUACUACCCAGUUGAAACUGCUGAAAGGUCAAACUUACGGCACAGACCCAUUGGUAUUGGAGUUCAGGGUCUUGCUGAUACCUUCAUAUUACUAGGAAUGUCAUUUGAUUCACCAGAGGCUCAACAGUUGAACAAGGACAUUUUUGAGACUAUAUACUAUCAUGCUCUGAAAACUUCUUGUGAAUUGGCUGCAAAGGAAGGACCCUAUGAAACAUAUAGUGGUAGUCCUGUAAGCAAGGGAGUUCUUCAGCCUGACAUGUGGCAUGUGACACCCUCCAGUCUGUGGGAUUGGGAUACGCUUCGGGAGAUGAUAUCAAAGACAGGUGUAAGGAAUUCACUUCUUGUUGCCCCUAUGCCAACUGCAUCUACUAGCCAAAUUCUUGGCAAUAAUGAGUGCUUUGAACCAUAUACUUCAAAUAUCUACAACCGCAGAGUGCUGAGUGGUGAAUUUGUUGUAGUGAACAAGCAUCUUCUUCAUGACUUGACGGAAAUGGGACUGUGGUCUCCUGCAAUUAAGAACAAGAUUAUCUAUGAUAAUGGUUCCGUAGAGAAUGUUGCAGAAAUACCGCUAACUCUCUUUAAAAUCAUCAGAACUGUUUGGGAGAUCAAACAAAAGAUAUUGGUUGAUAUGGCUGUUGAUCGAGGUUGCUACAUAGAUCAGAGUCAAAGCUUAAAUAUACACAUGGAUAAACCCAACUUUGGAAAGCUGACUUCCUUGCAUUUUUAUGCAUGGUCAAAGGGUUUGAAGACUGGGAUGUAUUACCUCCGUACCCGAGCUGCAAGUGAUGCCAUCAAGUUUACUGUUGAUACUACUGCCAUUAAAGAACAACAAAAGGCGGAGGAGGCUGAGGACGAUGAUACCAAGAUGGCACAGAUGGUGUGCUCUUUGACAAACCGUGACGAGUGCUUGGCCUGUGGAAGUUAAAACUACACCUUAUUAGAUUUGCACCUAUCGGCAUUAACAAUAAUUUGCCACAACAGUACUCCUUGUGAAGGCAACAGUUGUUUAAGGUUCAAAAUUUGAGAUGUCUUAAGUGCUAUGUAUAUAGAGUUUACUUUGGUGUUAAUUUCAUUUUUCUUCAUUGCUUGAUGAUGUAUUGUAUCUUAGGAAGUGUUCGUUUUCAGGUAUAAAGUUAUAUUUUAAAGAUUGAAAUUCUAGAGUAUUUUAUAAUCAUAAUUUAUUAGUGUUUAAUAU